AUGACCGGUUCUACCUUUAGACUCACUCUUCGUGAAGGCAUUGUUGGUGGUUUUGUUGGUCCGACUCUCAAGAAAGUAGUUGAAAUUAGGGGCGAUGGCAGCAGUGGUGCGACCGUGAUGCACAUGAGCUUGAAGCCUGAAGCCAAGAAUGAUUAUCUGACACAGUCUGGUGCCGUAUCCACUGAACAAGUGACAUCCCUUAUCGGCAUGAUCAAACAACAGCUUGAACAAUUACCCGUUGAAGAGCCCUUUGGUAGCGAAGAUAUCUAUGGAUUGGAUACGGCCAUUAUGUUUUCUGUGGAUGAUUUCCAAUGGGCCAAUGGAGGAGGACCUGAAGGAUGUACCGGUAACCAGGAGUCAACACGCAAGGCAACACCCGAGCAAAAGCAAGUGUUUGCAGAGUUGGUAGAUAUGAUCACUCGUUUUGGUAUGGAACACACGCAACCCGAAGCAUGA